UUAGGGUCUUACAUCGCCAGAAGCUUGGUUGCAGAUCCACGAAACAAUGUGCUGCUCGUUUCUCGGAAUCCCAAAUCGUUACAUGAUCGUCUUUCUCAUCUUGGAAAACAAAUCCUUCCUCCUAUUUCUGCGGACAUCGCUUCUCCCUCCUCUUCCCCUCAACUUCGCGAGGCGAUGGAAGGAGCUCAUGCGGUCGUCUCCCUGGUCGGAUUGUUAGCUGCGACGGAAAAAGAGAUGGUGGAUGUUCAACAGGAUGGGGCGAGACGUGUUGCAGAUGCCGCUAAGGAGAAAGGGGUUGAGAGGGUGGUAAUGAUUUCUGCUAUUGGAGCGGAUAAGAAUGGUGUGACACCUUACCAACGGACUAAAGCAGCUGCUGAAGAAUACUUUCUCAGUCUGCAUCCAACAGCCACCGUAAUCCGUCCUUCCAUAGUUUUCGGACCUGGCGAUUCUUUCUUUACUAGAUUCGCUGAAAUGGCUAAGUGGUUACCUUUCUUGCCUGUUUUCGGGGGUGGUACGACGAAAUUCCAGCCCGUUUAUGUGGGCGAUCUUGCUCGCGCUGUGGAAAUUUGUUGUCGUGAUGAUGCUAAAGUGGUGGAUAUGGUGGGAGGAAGGAUCAUCGAAGCGGGUGGUCCGGACAUCCUGACAUAUCGAGAAAUCAUGAAUCUCACUCUCCUCCAUUCUCAACGUCGUCGUCCCAUCAUAUCCUUACCAUUCUGGGUCGGCACACUCCAAGCUUUUUUUCUGGAACGACUCCCACAAUCACUCUUCACUCUCACUCGUGAUCAAGUGAAACAAUUACGAGUCGACAAUAUCGUCUCCCCUCAUCCUCUCGUUAACUCAGUCAACUUCCAAGAUCUCUUACGUGCUUUCCCAAGUAAUUCACCAAGCUCAGUGGUCGAAACAGAUUUGGUCAGCGUACACCAGAUACUUCCUACUUAUCUCACCCCACAAACCAAAGAAAACGGUAAACGUACGCAUGGACGUCACACGAGUCUCGGGAGUCUAGAAGAAUUCAAAAAGAUGUCGGGUAAAUGA